AUGCCUGGAUACAACAACUCUAACUUGCAGAAUCCAGGUCGAAGUGCACCUGUGAGAGGGGUCGCUUCGCAGCAAGCUUCUACGUCUUCCGUCUUUUCUUCCUCCCAUGGUACCUCGCCUCGCCCCGACGCCGUGAUCGCCAUAUCUGCCAUGUCUCGUCCGUCGACGAAUCCGCAGCACAACAACCACCAGCCUACCACCUCGAACCACCCGUCUGGUUGGGAUAGGCCUUACAGCAGCGGUGUGCCAGCUCCGGCUGUCGCUGUUGACAUCUUCCGUGCAGCUCAUGCUGCUGCGGGAGUCACCGCCUCUUCCCACGGCCCGCGUCGCCACGCCAACACGGCGCACCUUCCGGACUCUCCCCCCGAUACCCCGCCGCACUCACCCGGCCUUGCACCUGUGCGUCUCCCCACAUUUGUCGAGCCACGAGCGCUGUCGCAGCCGCAGUGCCCAUCCCCGCCUCGAAACUCUGAUCUGCACGAGCGACACCCACUCAGCUCGAGUCGCUCUUCGCUUGCUCCGGUCCACGUCGCAGAUGUCUCAAGCGACGCUAUCUACACUGGCCAGACUCCUUGCGACAGCGAGUUGGAGAGCGAUGCUGAAUCUGACUUUUCGGACGACGCCUCUCAGGCUACCCUUGAUCAGCUCACCCAAGCAGCACAGUCGCUCCUCCUUCACGCGGAUGCGAACCGUUCCAAGUCGCAACCGAACGACUCGGCCAUCUCCACGCAUAGAAACGCCCUUUCCGUCGAGCUCAUGCCCGCCACGCCCGAAAUCAGUCCGGACAAUGACGUUCGUCAUCACGCGCAAAAGUCCGCACACACCUUUUUGCACCGUAUCUUUGCAAAUGUGCCCCAGAAUUUGGCUGUGGAAGAUGCUGGCGUCGAACUUGUCAGCCCUGGCUGGAGCGGUGCCGUUAUCAAGUCGAGCGCACUCGGUUCCCACCAGGCUUCGAGCUCCCCCACAUCCGCCAGCAGCAGCGACAGCUCGGCCGACACGCAGCGCACGCUCUACGUUAGCAUGCCACCUGUCGUCGAUGCCUCGCUGCUGAGGGAGCAAGUCUUGGCGGUGCUCGAUGCCGCCAGCGAGAAGCUCGGUUGCGACUCCGUUAUGGUCUGUCUCAGCAAGGCCAUGCGUGAUUUUGCGACUGUGCUCCAUGGUCUUUGCUACGUGGGCGGUGCGCUUGUCGCCGCUGCCACAGAGGCGGAAGAGCUGCAAGGCGGGGAGAGCAGGCUGUCGAACAUGGACCCUAUCUCGGGUUUGCAGCUCCAGAAUGGUCUCGUGCUUGUCGCCAUCGAGCUCUAG